UCUCGAUUUCCCCUCGUCACCACCAUCAUCAUUCGAGCGUGCGCAAAUGGCUUCGUUCGCUAAGUCAGCAAUGCGCCCCUUGGCUGCUUCGAGCGCCGGUAUGGCUCGUAUGGCCGCUGCUGCUCCUCUUCGCCGCACCGCCGCCCCCGCGCUUGCACGCUCCGUCCACCUCACGGCCGAUUCUGCCUCUACCUCGUCUUCUCCCCCCGAGUCGCACUCCGAGCCCUUCAAGGUCAAGCUGAGCGAGGAGUCGUUCCACGUCUACAAGCACGACAUGCCUCCCCUCGAAAUUGACACGACCAAGGAGCACCUCUUGCACCUUUACGAGGAGAUGGUCAAGAUGAGGAGGAUGGAAAUGGCUGCCGACCAGCUGUACAAGCAGAAGCUGAUUCGCGGCUUCUGUCACUUGGCUAUCGGGCAGGAAGCCGUCGCCGUCGGCAUGGAGUCGGGCAUGAAGCCCACUGACAAGCUCAUCACCGCAUACCGCUGCCACCCCUUCACUGUCCAAAAGGGCGGCUCUAUCAAGGGUGUCAUUGCUGAGCUCUUUGGUCGUCAGGCUGGUGUCUCCAAGGGCAAGGGUGGCUCCAUGCACAUGUUCACCCCAACCUUCUUCGGUGGUAACGGUAUCGUCGGUGCUCAGGUGCCCGUCGGCGCUGGUAUCGCCUUUGCGCAGCAGUACUUGGGCAAGCAGGACGCCGUCUUUGCCAUGUACGGUGAUGGAGCUUCCAACCAGGGUCAGGUCUUUGAGGCGUACAACAUGGCUCAGCUGUGGAAGCUGCCUUGCGUCUUCGUCUGCGAGAACAACAAGUACGGAAUGGGCACAUCGGCGGAGCGCUCGUCGAUGAACACCCAGUACUACACUCGUGGUGAUGUUAUCCCCGGUCUUCAGGUUAACGCUAUGGACGUCCUCGCAGUCCACGCAGCCACCAAGCACGCUUCGGAGUACACCCUUGCAGGCAAUGGCCCCCUCGUCCUCGAGAUGGUCACCUAUAGGUACGGCGGUCACUCCCUUUCCGACCCCGGAACAACCUACCGUACCCGUGAGGAGAUCCAAAAGAUGCGCAGCGGCUCCGACCCCAUCCAGGGGCUCAAGAGCAAGAUCCUGGAGUGGGGCAUUGUCGACGAGCAGGCGCUCAAGGGCAUCGACAAGAGGGCCAAGGAGGAGGUAGACACCGCCGUCGAGGAGGCAAAGCAGAGCCCUGAGCCUGCGGAGAAGGAGCUGUGGACUGACAUUUGGUACCCUGGAUCUGAGCCUGAGUGGAUGAGGGGAAGGGAGAAGGAGGAGAUCCACUACUUCAAGAAGUAAGCCACGCCGUGAGCGUAGGCGGCCAGGAGCGGUGUUCAGACGCAAUGUAGACUUUCCUUCUUUCUCAUGAUCAAAAUCUUCAUCGAUUCGAUUUGUCA